AUGCCUUUAUUCAACACGUACAGUUGGGAUCUUGAUGUGGACAAAUUUCUCAAUCGUUACGUCCCCUAUCCUCGAUGGCAUCUUCUGCCCCGCCCCGUUGCACAUUUCCUAGGCUAUAGGUCACGACCACCCAAAAACUCUGGAAAUGUCCUCGUCAUGCUCUGGUCGAUGCUAGGGGUGUUCUGUGGACUGCUGAUCGUCGCCGCAGCAACAAUGAAUAUUCCCGUGUUCCAGCAAUACGGCCGUUUCACCAUCAUUAGCAGCUUCGGUGCCGCCGCUGUGCUUGAAUACUGCACUAUAGAAUCCCCUCUCGCGCAGCCUCGAAAUGCAAUGCUUGGUCAUGUCAUCGCAUCAGCUAUAGCAGUUGGGAUCUCUAAAUUGUUCGCAAUGCAUCCAAAUGGGGAGGAUCUGUGUUGGCUAUCUGGGCCCCUAGCAUGUGCAGUCGCCGUUGCCGCUAUGGUAUUCACCAAGACAGUCCACCCACCGGCCGGAGCCACUGCAUUACUGGCAUCGGUAGAUGUGGGAACCAGACGCCUCGGUUGGCAGCUCAUUCCUCUCGUCAUUCUCAGUUCCUCUCUCGUCUUGGCCACAGCUCUGCUGUUCAACAACAUCCACAGAAGAUUUCCACUGUACUGGUGGACACCAGAAGAUCUCAAACCCACGGAAGCCACCGAGAAGACAGAUAUGGAGACAGCAUCUUCCGACGAUGACGAACACAUACCAAAGGAGAGCACCAUCGACGGACAGAUUCGUAAGGACCAUAUGAUAAUGAUCCAGCGUGGGCGAGUGACGGUGUCUGACGGUCUCUUUCUCUCUUCUGAAGAACUCCAGCUUUUAGACCAUUUGAGCAGGCGGAUAUAG